CUUGAUGUUCAGUCUUGACUUGGUUUCAGUUUUUCCACUGACUCUCUGGGACCAAUUUUGGACCCCGAGUUUUUCACUAAUUCAGGGUUUUUACCUGAUAAAAUAGAAAUUUGGUUCGGAUCCGGUCAUUUCUCAUUAUAUGGGUCCUCAAGCUUAUAAAGAGAAGAUUUUACGAGGGACGGUGUUGUUUUAUUCAGAAUUCUAUUUUAUUAUUUUAGAAGUCUCUCGAUCGAAGUUUGCUGCAAAAUUGUUGAGAAAAUCCUUACUCUAUAAUGCUCUAUAUCGCUUCCAUUUUGUUUAUUAUAUGCACCGUAUCAUGGAGUGCACAUUUUCUUAUUGAGCUCAAAUAUCUAUUUUUGAGCUUGUUAUAAACGGUUAGGUCAGUGAUUAAAUAGAGAAUGUUCUCAGGCCAAAAUUGUAAAAGUUACACGGUAUAGAUGUUAUAAUGUAUGUUACAAUGUAAGAAAGUCUCUAAAAUAGUUAUACAGUUCAAUGUGAACUACAAUUACAACUGAUUUCCUUCAAUAUAGAUAAAGCUAAACCUUAAGUUUCCACCGUAUUCCCAAUCUAUCUUAAUUGUUUUUGCUUCAAUUCUAUCUUAAUUGUUUUGCUUCAAUUCUAUUUUAUUUAUAAAGUGUAAUAAUGUAUUAGGCAUAAGCCAUUUUAUAUUAGCCUCGGAUUGGAGUUGAUAGAGGAGAUUAGAUCAGGGUCGGAGUGAAAACAUGGCGUCUUGUCUCGUGUGCUCUCUAGGUCUAGCGUUAGGUCGCAGCGGAUCUUAGGCAUCGCGCGCGCAUACACAACAUAUUAUGGCGACGAGUUAUCUAAAGAACCCAAAGAAGGAUUAGAAAGUAACAAUUUCGACAAGAGAAUACGAAAUAUGGAAGAAAACGAUAAUCAAAUAGGCCAGGCGCAGCAACCUCAACCAGUAUCGAUUCAAUUACCUCCAGUUAAGGAAUUUGAUCCAAAAGGAGAUCCUUCCACGGUAAGUCAAAGAUGGCAAAAAUGGAAGAAAUCGUUCGUUUAUUUUCUGAAUGCAACAGGUAUUCAAAAUGAUAGCCAAAAGAGGGCAGCACUUUUGCAUCUUGUAGGAGAUGAAGUGCAAGACAUAUUUGAAACAUUAGGUGAGGUAGGCACAACAUAUGACCAGGCAGUAAAUAAGUUAGAUAGUCAUUUUGAUAUCAAGAAGAAUAUUCCAUUUGAAAGAUGUGUAUUUCAUGAAACAGGUCAAGAAACAGGAGAGAACAUAGAUUCAUAUGUCACUAGGUUGAAAAAGUUAAUCAUUCAUUGUGAAUAUGGUGAUGCAACACAAGAUGAGAUAAGAGAUCAAGUAAUAGCAAAAUGCAAAUCAAGUAAGCUUAGAAAAAGAUUGCUACAAGAGCCAGAUCUCACAUUAGAUAAAGUUCUAAGAAUAGGAAAGCUCAUGGAACAAUCAGACCUUCAGACAAAGAAGAUAGAACAACAAAAUGGUGCAGGCUCAUCAGCUGACACAAUGAAAGAAUCUUUCUCAGACCUGAAUAAAAUAAGGCAAAAUAAAUACCAGCACAAAGGUAGGCAAGCAAACAGAAAUCAAAAAUACACUCAACAAAGGGAACAAUGUGGAAGAUGUGGAAUGAAGAAUCACAACAGUAAAGACUGUAGAGUGACAAAAGGAAGAAAGUGCAUGAAAUGUGGAAUUAUGGGACACUUUGCAAAAUGCUGCAAGACCAAAAAUCCAAAGAAACCAGAAAAUCAUCAAGUGAGAGCAAGUAAAGUCACAACAGAAAGUUCAAGUGAUGAUGAAACAUCAGUAUUCAAAAUUGGAAGCAAGGAAAGACCAGUAUAUCCAGUCUAUAUAGAUGGCACACCAAUAAAUAUGCUCAUUGACAGUGGAUCAACAUUGAACAUCAUUGAUGAGAUAUCAUUUCAGAAAUUGCCAAAAAAACCACAACUUGAAAGCAGCAAGACUAAGAUAUUCACUUAUCUAGGCAAAGAACCAUUGAAACUAAAAGGAACAUUCAGAGCAAAAGCUGAAGCAUUUGGGAAAGAAACCCAAGCAAAAUUCUAUGUCACAAAAGGUUCAGGAGGAGCAUUGCUAGGACAAAAGACAGCAGAAAAGCUUGAUAUAUUAAGAGUAGGCCCAGUUCUAGGUUCUAAAGCAGAUCCAACAAAUUCACUUCACAAAUCAGUAAAUGAAAUCAGUCAAGAAAAGCCAACUGAACACAAAAUAGAUCCUAAGAUUCAGAAAGUUCUGGACAACAACAGAGAAGUAUUUGAAGGCAUGGGUAAAUUCAAAGACUACAAGUUAAAACUACAUAUUGAUGAAAAUGUCAUUCCGGUUCAGCAGCCAAUCAGAAGAUUACCAUAUCAUACAAGAAAGAAAGUUUCUGCAGAACUAGAAAGAUUGUUGAAAAAUGACUGCAUAGAGAAAGUUAAAGGCCCAAGUACCUGGAUAAACCCAAUAGUAGUAGUACCAAAGCCAAAUGGAACCAUAAGAUUAUGUUUAGAUAUGAGAAGAGCCAAUGAAGCCAUAGUAAGAGAAAGACACCAGAUUCCAAAAGUUGAAGAAAUCCUCCCAGAGUUGCAUAAUGCAAAAUACUUUUCAAAGAUUGAUUUAAAAGAAGGGUACCACCAACUAGAGUUAGCAGAGGAAUCAAGGCACAUAACAACAUUUCUAACACAUGAAGGUUGUUUUCAAUCAAAACGUCUUGUGUAUGGAGUCAGUUCAGCCUUUGAGCAGUUUCAGAAGGUUAUUGAGCAAAGCAUUGCAGGUUGCCCAGGCACAAGGUCAAUAUCAGAUGACAUUCUGAUAUGGUCAUCGAGUAGAGAUGAAAUGGCAGAGCGUCUUGACACGCUAUUCAAAGCAUUGCAUGCCAGAAACUUAAAGAUCAAUCCAAAGAAAUGUGUAUUUGGAACAACAAAGCUCACAUUUGCAGGAUAUUGUCUAACAGACAAAGGAAUUCAUCCAGAUAAAUCCAAAGUGGAUGCAGUCAACAAUGCCAAAGUCCCAACAAAUGCAACAGAAGUAAGAAGUUUCCUAGGUCUAGUCAACUUUUGUUCACACUUCAUCAAAGACUAUGCUACACUUACGGAACCUCUGAGGAAACUCACCAGAAAGGAAACUACAUUUGCAUGGAACAAGGAACAACAAGCAAGUUUCACAAAGUUAAAGGAAAGCCUUACAAAUGCAAGCACAAUGGCUUAUUACCAGCCUCAUGCAGACACAAAAGUUAUUGUAGAUGCUUCACCAGUAGGACUAGGGGCAAUCCUUACUCAAAAACAACAAGAUGGACAAUUCAAGCCAGUUGCUUAUGCAUCACAUGCAUUAAUCCCAACAGAACAAAGAUAUUCUCAGACAGAAAGAGAAGGCUUAGCCGCAUUUUGGUCAACACAGAAGUUUCAUUACUAUUUGUAUGACAGAGAAUUUACAAUAGUAACUGACCACAAACCACUUGAAAAACUAUUAUCAGCAAGAGGAAGCCCUACACCAAGAUUGCAAAGAUGGUUACUAAAAAUGCAACCAUACAAGUUCACUGUUCAAUUUGAACCAGGACACACAAAUGCAUCUGAUGUACUAUCUCGUUCACCUUUACCAGCUACAGGAGAAAAGUUAAGUGAUGAUACAGAACAUUUCAUCAACUCAAUUGUUUAUGAUGCUAUUCCUAAAUCAGUCACAAUAGAGGAAAUUCAAGAAAUAUCAAGAAAUGAUGAAAUAUUGAAAAACAUCAAAGAACAGAUCAAAUCAGAGAAAUGGUCAAAAAGUCCACAAUACAAACCAUAUUUUCUGAACCGGAGAGACCUCUGGAUCAAAGAUGAUAUUAUUUUAAAAGGCACAAAGCUAAUAAUUCCCACAGAUCUAAGACAAAGAAUACUUGCCACAGCACACCAACAUCACUUAGGCAUCGUGAAAACUAAAGGAUUACUUAGAGAAAAAGUAUGGUGGCCAGGAAUAGAUCAAGAAGUGGAAAACUUGAUAAAACAUUGCCAUGCAUGUCAAGUAACAGGAUCCAAUAAAGUCAAUUUUGAACCACUUGAGGUAACAAAGAUACCCUCAACAAAUUGGCACACAGUAGCUUUGGACAUUCAAGGACCAUAUCCAACAAAGGAUUACUUAAUAGCACUCAUAGACUACAGAUCAAGAUAUCCAGUAGUUGCACAAGUCAAAACUAUCAACACAAAGACGGUAAUCAAAGCAUUGGAUAAGAUAUUUUCUAUGUUUGGUUACGUGCACAAAUUAGUUGCUGACAAUGGAAAACAGUUCAUUUCAGACGAAUUCAAACAGUACCUCAAACAACAUGGGAUAAAGCUAAGGAAUGUGACACCGUAUUCACCAUGGGUCAACGGUGAAGUUGAAAGAUUCAACAGAUCACUCAAAAAGGCAAAUCAAUGUGCACACGCAGAAGGAAAAGAUUGGAGAGAAGAGCUGAACAAGUUUCUACUUCUCUACAGAACAACCCCACAUGCAACAACAGGACAGUGCCCAGCUACAGUAUUUUUUGGACGUGGUAUCAAGAAUGACAUACCAGAAUAUGCAAAGGAUGAACCACAAGACACAGAAUUAGAUAGGAAAGACAGAGAAAAGAAAGGAAAAAUGAAAAAUUACACAGACAUCAAAAGGAAUGCAAAAGACAGUGAAUUUCAGGAACAAGACACAGUGCUAGUAAAGAAUCUCUGGAAAAAUGACAAAUUAUCUCCAAAUUGGUUAAAUGAGAAAUUCAAAGUCAUCAAGAUCUACAGGAAAAGUGCUUUACUAGAGAAUGAAAGAGGAAACAAAUUUUACAGGAACAAAGCUCAUCUCAAGAAAUACAAUGAGAGUGAAUCAAACAGACAAGCAGUACCUCAAAAGGAGAACACACACAACACAGAUGAAGAGGAAGACAUCUUAGCAGAGGAACUCUUAAUUGACAAUGCGCAAAAUGUCGCAAGGCCAACGCGUUCCGAGCGCAGACCGAAUAGAGCAAUCACUAAUGCUAAUGACGCCAAUAACACUCUACACUUAAAUGAAAACAAUAAUUCUAGUUUGCAUGAAAGUGAUAAUGCUGACAUGCAUCAAAAUAGUGAAAAUAGGUUUAAGGAAGGAAUUGUUGAGGAUCAUUGGAAUAAACAAAGCAAUGAAGACAUACAAGAAGAUAUUGGCAACAGAACACCAGUUUUUGUACCAGAUUCUGUUCCAACAGCCAUUCAAGAACAAGUACAAGUGAAGAAAUUUCCAAUAAGAAGGAGUUGUAAGAAGAAAAACUGAAUAAAAAGGACAGACAGGAGCCUGAUAGACCAAGUUCAGCAAACAGGCAGAUCGACCAAGCCGGUCGCAAACAAAGCCCAAAUUGCCAAACUCGUGACGUACCAGCAGCUGCAGCAGCUGCAGCAACUAAAUAUGAUAAUUAUGAUAUCGUGGCUUUUUC